AUGCCGCGAAUGAUGUCCAGACCUGUGCCACAGGUUGUCAUGGUGAAGCACCCCAGGCGAAGUGGUGUGCUGGGCCUUGGUGCAGGGCUUCUUUUCCUCAGCUUCGUCAGCAAGUUCAGCGAGCGGGUCCAAAUUUACAAGGCCAAGAACCAGAAGGUCAAGAAUGCACCAAGAGAGCAGGUCGAAGGCUUGACAGACUUGAUGCGAUUCAUCCUUGGUUCAACGUGUAGCUCCCGCGAGUUCCUCACAGUGACGAAACUAACACUGAUGCUGCUGCUGCGCACAGUUGGGUCCGUCUGGGUCUCCAAACAUUGGGGCAGUAUUGUGAACUCGGUGGUGUCGCAAGACUUUUCUCGACUGGCCAGAUUGGUUUCGGAAUUUGCCGGCGCAACAGUCUUCCUUUCGGGGCUGAAUGCCCUUCUGAAGUACUACAUCAGUGCUCUUCGACUGCAAGUUCGUGAAAAGAUUACGCUUUGGUGCCACGAAAAGUACAUGCGCUCGAAAGAUAUGAUCUUUUACAAGGCCAACAAAGUCGGACAGAAGAUUGACAACUGCGACCACCAAAUCGCCUCAGACGUGGAGAGGUUUUCGGAUGUGUUUGCAGAAGUGUUUUCACAAUCCCUGAAGCCCAUCGUGGACUUUCUCGUGUACUCUGUGGAGCUCAGCAGAGUUCAAGGCCUCACAACACCGUUGACACUCUACUCUUGGUUUGCCUUUGCUUCCUGCAUUUCAGCAGUGACGUUGCCUCCGUUUGGUGAGCUGGCGGCCGGCGAGCAGAGAUUGGAAGGCAACUUCCGCGGGAAACACUCCGAACUCAUCACCAAUUGCGAGCAAAUCGCUUUCUUGGGUGGAGAACGGCCGGAGAAAGACGUCCUGAACAACUCCUUCGGUGAGCUGAUCAGCCACUGCAAGAGAAGCAUUAACCUCUCGUUCAACUCUGAAGUGCUCAGGCAGUACCUGAACAAGUAUUUCUGCACGGUUAUUGGCUUGGUUCUCAUUGCGAGACCUUUGCGGCUGCGGCCAGCGCAACUGCCUCAAUUCACAAGUGAUCAAAUUGCACAGUAUUUCACAUCAACCUGGAGAAACAUGGAGGCCAUGGCCACAGCCAUCCAGGACCUGUUCGAGCUUACGAACCGUAUAGGAAGAUUGAGUGGCUUCGCAACUCGUGUGCGCCAGCUCAUGUUGGGCCUGGAAUCUCGUCCACCGGUUCUCAGUGAGGAGAUUGCUCAAGCCCAGCGGGGUCCGCACCCUCCGGUGUUCAAAAAAGGCCACCACCUGAAGUUCGAGCACGUUUCUGUUUAUCGCCCUGAUGGCACACUCCUCGUCAAAGAUCUGAACUUCACCGUGGAGCGUGGGCAGCGUGUUCUGGUGACAGGUGGAAACGGAUGUGGAAAGUCCAGUCUGUUUCGGGUCAUCCGCAAGCUGUGGCCGCUGGUUGAAGGAACUAUCACCAUGCCAGAAGACAAGGAGAUUUACUUCUUGACGCAAGUCAAUUUUGUGCCGUGCGGCUCGCUCCGUGAUCUGGUCAUUUACCCGCAGUCCAGGGAGGAGAUGUUGGCUGCGGGCAGAACUGACGACGAUGUGAGGACGUGCCUCAGAUGGGCGCAUGUUUCACCGCAGGUGGAGCACGAUGGGCGAGCGCAGCUUGAGUUUAAUGACGGUGGAAGAAUCGUGAAGCCCCGACUCGAUGAUGUCCGUGAUUGGCAGAAAGAUUUAUCGCCAGGCCAGAAGCAACGACUGGCAUUUGCGAGGCUAUUCUAUCAUCGACCUGCUUUCGUGGUGCUGGACGAGUGCACAAAUGGAAUUUCACCUGAUGUGGAGCACGACCUCUACGAUCGCUGCACGCGGGAGAAUAUGGCUGUGUUCUCGAUCUCUCACAAAAUCGAGUUGAAGCUUUUUCAUGAAAGGGAGCUCAGAUACCUCGGCGACCUGGAAGGCAAAUGGGAGAUGAGCGAAUGCACUUUGCAGCUGACCUUCGCUGGCCAGAUACAGAUACUUUCACAGUAA